GAAAGACAGAAAGGUAUCUAUUGAAACACGACCUGGCGUUCACACAUACUCGAUCGACGAAAUACUUGUUUUUUUUGCCUGUUGCGCUUGCGUCCACCUCGACUUUUGCGCCCUCUCCCACCGCUUUUUAGACAUUCUCUUCUGCGACGUCUUCCGGGGUUCUCGAUUGAAGACUUAGAAAUCUAACCGGACACACGUAUACAACAUCCCCGGGAAAAAUAAGCACAGUGUGACUUCUAUUGGGAUGAAAAUACCGAGAAUAACAUCAAAAUUAUGACGAAAAAGCACAAGAGGCACCGCCGCGACGAAUCGCGUCGCCGCGAGCAUCAGCGGCGACGGUCCCGGACGCCCGAGGCUUCUCUACCAGUGAAAAAAGGGAACGACAAGGAAGAUUACAAGCAGAAUAUCAAAAACCGGCUGGCUGCCCCCUCUGCUCCCCCUCGCGGCCACCACUCCGAGGACCAGAGACAGCGGUCCAAGGAGGAAGUGAAAAAGCAGAUUGAUCGCGAGUACGAGCAGCUGAAAAGCAGAAAGGAUGAUAAUAAACAUGACACGAAUCGUAAUACCAGCAAAGCAGGAAACGUCGCACAUGGUAGUGGCACCACUACUGCAGCCUCCCGGGGCACCACCGCACCAACUUCGUACAUUGGGCCGGGCGGAGGAGGAGAUGCGAAAAAGCCGCUGCAGCCUCUCCCACCGUCUGCGCGCAGCGGCAGCGCUAGUACGGCACAUCAAAACGCUGCCGUGGGCGGUAAGCUGCAGCCGCUCUCGAGCAAGAACAAUGACCACGGAAGGAGUGGGAAUCCGAAUGCAAAUAAAAAGUCUACUGCGAUGAACAACACCGCUCCGGCUUCCUCUUCAGCAGCCACCGGGGCGAACAGCGCACCGCUGAGAAAAGUUUUGCCGCCCAGGUCUGCCAUUGAGCAGCAGCAACAGUCUAAAAAGCAGAAAAAAGAAGACGCUGAUCUGGAGAAAAAGCUCGCUGAAGCGGCGAAGGAACGGGAGCGCGCAGCGCUGAAGGAAAAAGCAAUCGCCGAGGAGCUUCUACGCAAACGGCGGGAGCAGAAGGAGAAGGAGAAAAAAGAAAAAAAGCAACAAGCAGCGAAAAACGAAGUGGCCCCGAAACAGUCUAAUGUGCAGACAGGCGGGAAUAGUACCAAAGUCGGAGGGUUGAAAACCUUGGUGGUUCCGGAGCCCGCUGGGAGUAGCAGCAAAGCUCAUAAUUCCAAGAAGGCCGCAGAACACCAGCAGGGGGCUACUGCCCGCUCAUCGCAUAACCUACACACGGGCGGAAGCGUUCAACAUCAGCAAAAGGCCGUUACUGGGCAGCCUGCGCUACACACAAGUGGGAGUGUGCGCGGUGGUGCACCAGGCACUAGUACGGAUAACAACCCCUUGCGUCCAUUGCCUCCCAGCGCGAGAGAUCGAGCUGGUUCGCAGGAUGCCGGCGCGCAGAAAGGUAACAGACCCGGUAAGCGUGAACGCGAGCCGGAAAGCAACAAGCAAAACACCGACUACGGAAAGUUUUCUAAGCGGGAAGAGGAUGCUUUGAAACGCGAGUACCAACAGCAGCGUGAACAAGAGGCGAGGCGGAAAGAGCAGCAGGCUGAGGCGGCUCGAAAGAAGCAGGCCGAGGAAGCGGAACGUCUGCGCCGGAAAAAGCAAGUAGAGGAGGAAGAGAAGCAGAAGCAAUUGAAGCGUGAAAAGGAAGAAAAAGCAAGGCGUGAGCAAAAGGAAAAAGAGGAGAAAGCACGACGUGAGAAGGAAAAGGAAGAGGCAGAGCGCCUGAAACGGAGAGAGCAGCGUGAGAAAGAGCGGCAGGAGCAGCUGGAAAAGGAACGGCAGGCCCAAAAAGAAAGAGAGCGACAAGAGAAAAAGGAGAAAGAGCAUGCUGCGCAGAAGGAGAAGGAACGACAAGAGAAAAAGGAGCAGGAACGCUUGGCGCAGAAGGAAAAGGAGCGGCAAGAACGGAAAGAAAAGGAAAAGCAGGAGCAAAAAGAGAAAGACCGCGCCGCACAAAAGGAGCGGGAACGGCAAGAAAAAAAGGAAAAAGACCGCGCUGCGCAAAAGGAAAAAGAGCGUCUCGAAAAGGAGCGAAAGGAGCUGCAAAGGGAAAAAGAACGUGCCGAACGAAAAGAAAAAGAGCGGCAGGCCGCCAGGGAAAAAGAAAAGCAGGAGCAGCGAGAGAAGGAGCGGCAGCGGGAAAAAGAGCGUGAGAAGGAUAGGCAGCGCGAAAAGGAAAGGCGCGAGCAGAAGGAGGAUAAAAAAGAACCCAUCGUCCUGAAGGGUCGGGAAGAGGCUCGUAGAGGGAGGUCGCCGAUUGUGCUGCAAAGUCGGGCCGAGGCUGAAAGAAGCGGCAGAGCAGACCAUCGACGCGGUGGCCGUGAGCGUGACCGUCGGUACAACGACAGCCGCUCGCGCACGACCAGAAAUCGCAGUCGGACGCGGCACCGCGUCCGGGAGCGAAGCCGCGAUCGGUCUUUGGAGCGUAAGAGAAAAGGGUUGGUGCGGGGUUGGGGAACCGAAAUCGUCACCACAGCAGCGGUACCCCCGCCAACAGCUGCGGGAACCUCUAGUGCGGCGUCCAGCUCGGCAGUCAAGAAUGUUGAGGACAAGAGGAGGAAUUUGAAAACCACUUCGACCACAGACUCAGCGACAGCCACGAAACCGGCAAAUGAUGAGAAGAAAACGAAGGCAGAGGAGUCUGCCCCGGCCAAGGGGGUGAAGCCAGGCACUAAUAAAAAUUUCGAGCAACUGGCGGUGGACUCGGAGGAAGAGGGUACUUCGUUACUCACUUGUUGUGUGAAAAUUCGAAUGCAUGUCUCGCUCUGGGUUGAAUAUGAAGAUGCGAAAUGAAAAGAUUUCAAACUGAAAGUGUAUGAACUCAAUUGUCACAACCACAGGUACAAAAAAGAAGUCCGCGCCGAAGGUGGAGACGGACAAGAAGAAAGAGGUGACUGACACGAAAGACAAGACCGUGAAGGAAGCGAAAAAGGAAAAAGAGCCGGAACGUAGUACCGCCUGGACGCGAGUGGCGCCAAUCCCAAAAACGGUAUUGCUUUUUUAUGUAGUUCCUCCUGAUUGUACUUGAUCUCUGUAUCGUGGUUGUGGUACGUACUGUUUUUGCUCCGAUGAUCUCGCGAUUCUCACUCCAAAAGCUUUCCAAGCCUUCGACAAAAACAGCCCUCCCCAAAGAUCGAGAAGGACCCGGUAGUUGAAAUGGACGGACCUGAGGAGAUUUUUGAGGGCUCCGAGGAUCUGCGCGCCGCUGCGGAGAUGGUCCAAUUACAGUCUGAGCAAACUCCGAAGCAGGAGGCCGCUGCUGCCGCAGCUGAGGAGAGCGUGAAAAAAGAAGAGGAUCUGCAAGUGGAAGAUGUGGACGACGACAUGCCCAUUUUUGAAGAGGACGACCCGGUGGCGCCGCAACUGGACGAUCCGCCCGUGCCGCCGCAGGAAUGCUCCCCCGAGAAAGACGACUUCAUGGAGGAGGAGCUGGAUUUCGGGGAGGACGAAGAGGCAGAGCAUCAAAAUCAAGGACCGCUGUACAUGGGCUUUGACCCGAACGCCGCCCAGGAGAUUGUGAAGCGCUCGAACCCAUUCGCGUCUUGAGGCGAAGAGAUUUUUGGCGGGAUCUUUGCGGAAGGUGAUCAAGAAACGACUUUUUCAACCGAGAACGACUUAUCCCCCUUCAGAUGCUCGAAAAAAAUAUCGACCUUUUGCGACAACGAGAACGACAUGAGAUAAUGAUAAUGAGCAAACCUCCAGCUCAUUCAUAAACCACUUUUUCUGCGACUGCGACAGAAAAAUCCGACUUUUCAGCCACUUCGUCGAAGGUUGCGACUUCACGGUGGAAUUCAGUGUGGCUUUUGAAGAAGAUGAUGAUGUUUUUGUUUUUGUGGAUUGCUGCUACGUGCCUGUGUGUGUUUUUCCG